AUGACGCUCAGCUUCCCCAUCAUCUUUCUUCUUGCUACCAAUCUUAACUCGAAAGAACUCCAGGAUCUCGAGGAACAAAUCCCCACGCUCACUUACGAUAUCAACGAAGCCGAGAUCGUACUGGGCAAGGUGUUCCGCAAGGAGCGAGCACUAUUUGAGCUCAGGAAACAUAGGCUCAUCACCGAAGAGGUCGAACCAUCAGAAGCUUCCACCUCUGCAUCCCAUGGCAGAAAACGCGUUAAGCUGGAUACGCCUGCCCUGGGCAGCUCUGAUUUGGACUCGGACACGGCAUCGGACGGCGAGAUCCAGCGGCGCCUUAUCGGGUCAGCUCCUGUCAGCCCCACCGUCAAGGUGGUGAAGCUGCCCUGGUUCACCGAGUCGGUCAAGGCAGGAGAAGUUCUUCCGAUGGACGACUAUCUCGUAUACGAAGGGCACAAGGUGCCAAAGACCCCGGUGAAGUCCGCACAGCCCCUGCCGGCCGAAAUAGCGGCACAGGUCAUGAAACGCGCUGCGGCCGAUGCAGGCGCUCUCUCCAGAGGCAGCCCACGGGCGACAUCAUCUCAGGGGAGACGGGGCGAGACUUACACCAGCCAUCCCGUCCGGCCCGCCCUACUUAGGCAGACUACGUCAGAGCAUGAGAUAGACACGCAGUUGCCACCAAUACCAGACUACCUCCAUACUACGUAUUCGUGCCAGCGUCCAACCCCUGUCCAUCCUCCAAACGAGGCCUUCAUCAAGGAGCUCACCAAAAUCAAGACGGCCCGGACAUUGGUUGGGGAUCAUAUAGGGGUGAGAGCUUACUCGAGCGCCAUCGCCACCAUUGCUGCCUAUCCGUAUAGCAUCCAGACGGCACAAGAAGUGGCAAGGCUCCCAGGCUGCGGCAACAAGAUUGCCCUGCUCUUCCAAGAGUUCAAGGACACGGGUCAAAUCAGGGAGGCGCGCGAAGACGAAUCGGACCCCAAGCUGGCCGUGCUCAUGCUCUUUUACAACAUCUGGGGCGUGGGCGAAACAACAGCGCGCGACUUUUACAACCGCGGCUGGCGCGAUCUUGACGACAUUGUCGAGUACGGCUGGGACACGCUAAACCGCGUGCAGCAGAUUGGCGUCAAAUACUACGACGAGUUCCAGCUCAAAAUUUCGCGGGCCGAGGUCGAGUCCAUCUCAGCCACCAUUCUGGCGCACGCCAACGCGAUCCACCCCGGGUUCGAGAUGGUCAUCGUGGGCGGCUACCGGCGGGGCAAGCUCGAGAGCGGCGACGUCGACGUCGUGCUGAGCCACCGCGACGAGGCCGCCACGCAGGAUUUCGUCGGGCGCAUCGUCAUUAACCUCGAGCGCGCCGGCUACAUUACGCACACGCUCUCGCUCACCACGGCCAACUCGGAGCGCGGGCAGGUGCCCGUCAGCUGGAAGGGCGACGACAAGAACAAGAAGGCCGGUGCGGGGUUUGACACGCUUGACAAGGCGCUCGUGGUGUGGCAGGACCCGGUGUGGGACAAGAAUGAAGAGGGCGAGCCCAGGAGGAAUUCGAACCCACACCGCAGGGUCGACAUCAUCAUCAGCCCCUGGAAGACGGCCGGGUGCGCGGUGCUGGGGUGGACGAGCGGGACUACGUUCCAGCGGGACCUGCGGAGGUACUGCAAGAAGGAGAGGAGCCUCAAGUUUGACAGCAGCGGGAUACGGAGCCGCACGGAUGGGUCGUGGGUCGAUUUUGAGAGCGGACCGGACGGUUCGCCGGCGCCGGAUAUGCUGACGGCGGAGCGGAGGGUGUUUGCGGGGCUGGGCUUGGUAUACCGGCCGCCAGAGGAGCGGUGCACGGGGUGA